AUGAUUCAACCUCCACAAGGAUUCAUAUUUAAUGGAUCCUUUAACAAGAAGAUCAGUUUUAUGGGAGGGGUACUAUGUAUUAUCAUUGCUAUCAAAGUUAUCCAACAAGAUUUAGUCAUGUUUGCAACUUGCACCACAUUGCUUGUUUUCUAUCAGAUUAUUGAACAUAAAUUGCAAGAUGUUAUGGAAAAAAUGACAUCAAGUAGUUCCUUUUAUUUCGAAACACCAUAUUUCCUUUUACCAUGGGGAUUAGUUAUGUUUUCAUUAUCCAUUGCAAGUUUCGUUAUUAUGCAAUACCACACAGUCAAAUACUCAAAUCUAUAUCUCGCUUUUCUUAGUUCUCUGGUAAAUACGCUCUCGAUAUUUACUCUUGCGACUUCAAUUAAAUGCUUCCUUAUAGGAGCUAAGAUUAUUACUUAUAGAUAUAUUCGUCGAGGAUUCUUUGGCGUUUUUGAGAGAUUUUUUGUCUUAUACAGAUCAGUAAUUUGCACUUAUCGUUGGCUCUGUUUCUUCUCAAAUAUAUGGCCUGCUCCAACAGUUGUUGCCUUUUUAAGUGCUAACAAAACAACUGCUUGUUACAUUUACAUAGUUAUGAAGUGUGUUUUAUUGAUUUGGUUACUCUGGGAUUUUGUAUUCUCAAUUAGAAGUUACCGAGUAAAUUCUGUAAACGCUAUUUGUCCAGCUCCUGCUGACAUGCACUGCGAUUAUUGCGUAAUUUGCCAAGAAGUUCCAAUAGAACCGGUCAUUUUACCUUGCGGUCACAUCUUUUGUUACCAAUGCGCUUAUCGAUGGCUUUUAACUAACUCUUCCUGCCCGAUGUGCAGAAAACCCGUUAAAGAGCAAGUAGCCAUUGAAUUCAGCGAUGGGCACAUCCCAUUAUCAGCACUAUUAAGUGUUUUCUAA